AUGGUGCCAUCGGUGAUAGUUGAUAGUCUCAAACCUUCAGCAGCACAUCAGCCCCUAUACGUAUCCCUCUAUCGUGUGACCCAAGAGUCGGCCACACAUUACGCCCGCAAACUGUUCGCACUGUUUGACGACAACGACUACACGACAUCUUCGGAGACGAGUCACGACACGUCUUAUAAUUACAUUACGCGCCGACACAUGGGCUCCGAGUCGUCGUUCGGUCACGUGAGAAGCGCCGGCACCCGUAGCCCACCCCUCGACACGUCCACCUUUUACGGCCAAAUCAUAUACGAAAGCAAUUAUACGGAUGACUACAACGGUCUGGCACUACAACAGGACGGCCCCACCGGCGCCACUACCGGACCGAUGAUGUCGUCCACUCAUAAACCGUCCGAAAUGAAGGAUCCGAUGGAUCCGUGGGGUUCGUCGCUAUUGCCUAGCAUUAAGUCUGAUAACAAACCCGUCAACACUGAAAACGGCAUAUUUAAACCAGCCGUCAAUGUCUCCACACGAAUACCGAUUUUGUGCGGAAACAUAUCGAGACGUCCGAAUUAUCCGAGCGUAAAGUGUUAUCCAAUUCCUGAUGCCUUUAAUCCGUGCGAAGAUGUGAUGGGAAACGGAUUCUUACGGAUGUUAGUGUGGGUUGUGGUCAUCGCUGCCGUUCUCGGCAACUGUGCCGUCAUGAUUGUCCUCAUG